AAAAGCGAAUGCAAUUCGAAUUUCGGGCAGCAAAAAAUUUUCGUGUGCGCGUUUGCCAGUGGUACAGAGAGAGAGCGAAAAAAGAGAGAGAACGAGAGUGGCAGCCAGAGAGCAAGCGAGAGAGCCAUAAUAUUGCGUGAAUCAAGCGAGCGACACAAAAUUGUUGUAAUUAAUUCAUAUUUAAUUGGCAUUUGGUGUAAUCCGAGUCUGUGCAUAAUAAAGCCCAAAACGAAGUGCAGCUGCCAGCUAGUGAAGUGCGUUGUGUGUGUUUGUGUGUUGUAGCGUAAUGCGUAUUGAGGUCACUUUGUACAUAUUAUAGCAGCAGUAAACCGCAGCAUAGGCACGCGUUUUCUCGCCCCAUCUGUGCGAGUGUGUGUAUGUGUGUGCGAUUGCCCAAUACCCGUACCAGCGAGCAAAGAUAGCCACCAAUAUUCCGUUUUCAUCCCACUGCCCAAGGCAAACAGCUGCUGCUCCCGCUCCCGCUCUCGCCGCCCGUCGUUGUUGUGUUUGUGUGCGGAUCGCCCGAGCAGAACCGGAGGGCAGGUGGUGUCCGCACAGGCAAACACACGCAUUAAUUAUAAAGGCGCCCUGUAUUAAUACGGCUGCUUAAAAACGGUCUGCAAAUAAUUGUGCUAAAGUAAAGCGUUUUCUUUUUUGUUUCUGGUGUUUGCUUGGUGGAUACACGAGUCGGGUCGGAGAGGGAGUAAGUGCGUGCCUUGGUGUGGGUGAACUGAAGCGGUCCCCCUUCUCGCCAUUGGGUUCCCCCCUCUCUUUCGCUCUUUCGGUGUCUUCAUGCUCCAUUCACCUACUUUUACGCGUUGGCGCUCUUUGCUCUCCACUGGCUCCGUCUGUGUCCGUGCCCUGAGUGCCUUGUGUGUGUGCUGACGUUCGUUUUCUGAAUUCCAAAUGAAGUCAUGAGCACCCAGCAACAACAACAACCACAAUCGUUGUCGCAUUGUUACAGCCAGAAAAGCUGAGAAUACAACAAAAUAAUAAUAAUAAUAAUACAAAAGGAAAAAAAGUGAAAUUAAGUGUUUAAAAAAGAAACAAAAACAAAUCGUAAAAACAUGAACAUGACAUGGCCGCGUCUCGUUUACACAAUAACUCAAAAUUAAUUUAAUAUGCUGGCAAAUGAGCAAAGCGAAAAGCACGCUAAAAGCUCCUAAAUUGCGGAGGAGCUUGUAAACGGCUGCUGAUAUCGCCAUGGCUGCCGCCUCGGCUGGCCAGCAACAGCAGCAGCAUCAGCACAAGCUGAAUAUAGCUGGGAAUGCUGAGACAGUUGCCAGCAGUGAGAUGCAUCACCAACAGCAGCAGCAGCAGCAGCAUCAGCAACAUCAUCAGUUUUUCCAGCAGCAACAGACGAAAUUUGUAUCGCGGGUCGUUACAAGUGCAUCUAUACAACAACAGCAACAUCAGCAGCAAACGCAGCAGAUAAUGCCAGUUGGAUUGGUGAAUGGCAAUGGCAGCAACAUGAUGCAUCUACAGCAGCAACAACUGCAGCAGCAGCAGCAGCAACGCAACAACCAGCAGCAACAUAUUUUUGUGUGCCCCACCAGUAACCAGCAACUCCUCCUGCAACACCAACAACAGCAGCAAACCAAACAGCGCCAGGCGCAGAUAAAAUUGCCAAUGAAGUCAACGGCAGCAGCAGCAUCAACAGUAGUAUCGGCAGCAACUGCUGCUGGUGCUGCUGCAACGCAUUGCAUGCCGACAACAAUUGCAUCGGCAUCGCGUCAAAUGAGUCAGAACAAUCAGCUCUAUGCCAAGAAUGUUGCCAAAGCCAACAAUGCCAGCGGCAACAGCAACAGGAAGACCAAUAGUUACAAUGGAAAUUUGGCCCCUGGCUGGCGUCGUUUAACCAACAACAACGAGGUGGCCUACAUCAGCCCCUCGGGCAAAACGAUGCGCACGCAGUUCCAGAUCAAGGACUAUCUGCUCUCACAGGGUACCUGCAAGUGCGGCCUGCCGUGUCCGCUGCGCCCGGAAUACCUAUUUGACUUUAAUGCCCAGGUGCCCAAUAUGCCGCUCAAGUCGCCGACGGAGGCGUCAAUGCCAACACCUUGCCUUCACCAGCGGCGAUUUCUUGAAUCUCAGCAACUGCAACCACAACAGCAACAGCAGCAGCAGCAAUCCCAACAUCUAAAGCAGCAGCAGGCUGUCAAAGAUGUGUCCGUAUCGGUAUCCGUAUCCGCAUCUGGGCCAGCAGCAACUGUCAGCGAUGUGUUCUCCACACUGAUGACAUCGACAGCCAGAACGACGACAACAGCCUCCUCAGCAUCCUCGUCAGCAGUAGCAACAUCAACAGCCCCAGCGGCAAUAGCCACUGCACUUGAAUUGGCCAACAAAGACGCUGAUUGCCACAAAUAUGGCAAUAACAAAUUACCUGCCUCGGUCCGGAUCUCGACCACGCCCGCGUCCACAGCGACGUCCUCGCACCCGCUUCCGCUCCAGCUUCCGGUCUCGAGUGCGGUGCCAACUAGUCAAGCAUUAGCUCCAGCUGGCGGAGCUGCACCCCAGCGUUCAGUGGCGGGACAUGUGAUAAAGCCGCCUCCAGCGACUGUUGCCUUUGCGGGAGGAGCCACCAACAUUACCCAGCAGCAACAGCAGCAGCCCAACUUCAAGGACGAUCCCGCUGGCUAUUUGCAGCAGCAAACGGCACUGCUCCACAAUUCCCUGGGAGGAGUGGGUCUGGAUAUAACCAAAACAGUGCCGGCAACAUCCACUGCGCGAGCUCUGCCCCAGGAACCCAUCGUGCAUAGCUCCCAGCAACAGCAGCAGCAGCAACAGCAAAAUCUCCAACAGCAGCAACUCCAACAGCUGCAGCGCCAAAGGAUGCGACGACUCUCGCUCUUUGGCAAAUGGGAGGCCGAGCCAGUGCCCGUGAGUAGUCCACAAAGUGCUCCCAUGGUCGGAGCCCGUUCCCUGCAGGUGGACACCGCCUUUGCGCGGCCACAGAAACCGCAGAUAACCAGCGUAACUGUGGUGCCAGCUCCCCAGGAGUCGCCCGUAUCCAGCAGUGCUGCCGAAACGCCGCCACUCGAGAAGCGACCCGAACAGGUGGGCGCCAUCUCCACCAGCCACGAGAGUCCGCGGCAGAGCCUCUCCUCGCCCACAGAUUCAAUGGAUUCGGCGAAGAGCACACCCUCGGCCUCACCCAAGCCCCAGUUGCAGGUCCAGAUCCAGCCGCAGGUGCUGCAGAUGCGCACCCAGCCCCAGGGCAAUCUUCCAACUCCAGCGCCAGUCACCGUGCCCGCCCAUCUCCGCGUGAUGCGCCAGCAACAGCAGCAGCAGGCACAUUUUAUAUCCAGCCAGCGGCUGCCAGUGGCCAGCAGCAGUGCAGCCAUGGCCACGCUGACCAGAAGCAUUGUGACCUCCACGGCGGGCACGGGCACUUUAACGGCACGCCCGGUGACCACCACCUUGAGCAGCUCCAACUCUGCAGUGGCACAGCUUCAGUCGAUGGCCGGGGCAAUGGGUCCUUCGGGCGGCGGUGGCCAACUGAUCAUGACGUCCUCGGGACAGCUUCUGGUCAUUCCCACGCCCAGCAACAAGGCACAGGCGCAGCAACACCAUCGCCCGGGUCAGCCGGGACAGGGUGGUGUCAUCAUCCAGCAGCAACAGCAGCAGCAGACGGCGGAGCUGCAUCCGCAGCCUGGCGGUGGCUACAUCGUCAGUCAGCCCACUGCAGUGGCUGCGGCAAGUUCCAGCAGCAGUAGCAGCAGCAGCAGCACAGUCAUCCUGAACUCUGGCGGGGCCAAGCUGCUUCACCAUCAGAUCAUCACCUCGCAGGCGGGGCAGAUCAAUCAGGCGGCAGGAGGAGCCACCAACCAGCCGCAGACUGCAGUUCUGCUCAACACACUGCCCAACGGCGGCUAUAUCGUCCAGCAGCAUCAGCAGCAGCAUCAGUCCCAGACCCAACAGCAAGCGGAGCAGCUGCUGGCCAUGCCGCAGCCCCCUCCUGCGCAAACCCUGAUCAUCAGCUCGCCGGACACCAAGAGAAGAGCGCGAAAGCGCAAGAGCUCAAUCUGUAGCACACCGCCGCCGAGUUCACCCGCUAAGACGCUAUCGCCCCAGAUCUCGCCCAGCAUACCCAGUCAGGCACCCGCCCUGCUCCACCAGCAGGCGGCAGCAGCAGCAGCAGCGGCGGCAGCUGCUCCCCAAUUCCCGCAACAGUUCCAGCUCAGUCCCGGCAUUCAAGGAAUCGUGGUGAACAAGCCGAAUCCACAAGCGGCCCCGCAGACCCAGCAGCUGCUCCUCCAAAACGGCCAGAUCCUGCAGCAGGUGAAUCUCAUUGGGCAGCAGCUUCUAAUGCCGGCUGGCUUGGUGAUGGCCCCGGAUGCCACGUUACUGCAGAUCCAGAACAUGCCCACGACGAGUCUACUGACGCCCCAGGGUCCCGUAAUGCUGCGCACACCGUCGCCACAGAGCAAGCCCUCCUUCAUCUCGCCCAGCGCCGGGGGUCAGCAGUACAUAGUGGGUGCUAAUGGCCAGUUGAGCCCCAUUGGACAGAUCUACUCCACGCCCAUGGGUCUGGUGAUGCCGACCGGCCAGCAGGGCGGCGCUUCCUUCGUCCAGGCUAGUCCCACGACCACCACCAUCCAGAUCCAGCACCAGCCUCAGCCUCAGCACCAGCCCCAGCCAGCUCCGCAGUCCCACACGCAGAUCAGCCUACAGCCUGCAGCCGCCCAGACCACCACCUAUGUGGCCGAGUCCGGGUUGAUGAAUCGUCAGGGAACGGCAGCUGCCAGUCCGCCUGACACCACCACCUGUAGUCCGCGAAGUCCGGAACGACCGCCCAGCCAUCGAAGCAGCGGCAGCGAUAUGGUGCAAUGCGUGUCCAGCUCGGAGCCGGAUGCGGCUGUGUCGCCGCAAAGUGCCGAGAGCAGGCAGUCGCCCUCAUCCACGGACUGUGAGAGGAGCAUCUGCGGCAACAAUCUAUUCACCCAGCCCAGCGGGAUAUACAAGCACUCGGAGCCCAAGAUCCGGCGCAUUCACAUCACUUCACAGGGAGUCACGGAAAACGGGAUUAGUUUGAUGCAGGGACAAGCCUCCUCGACACCCGCUGCAGCCGCAGCCGCAGCCACAUCCUCAUCAGCAGUUGCCGCUUCAGCCGUAAUUGGCGGCCAACAACAAUAUCAUCUUCAACAGCAGCAGCAGCAACAGCAGCAACAACAGCAGUCGCCCUCUUCAACGAAUAACAAAAUAAAUGGACUGGCGCGGAGCAAGCGCCAGGCCAACAACACAAGUGGUGGCUCCAGCAUGAUGCUGACCGCCAGCACGGCGGCCACACUGAGUGGCCUCUUCACUCAGCAGCAGCAGCAGCGAGCCAAGCCCAUACGCAUUGCACCGGCUCCGCCCGCAACGGGAUCGGGAGUUGGACCAAUAACUGCAGCAGCAGUGGGAGUGGGAGUGGGAGCUACUGCCACGGUUACUCCGGCUGGCCGAACGGAGAUCCUCAAGCUGGCCAAAUGACCAGCACUGUCGGCGUUGUCGUCGACAGUCAGCACAGCCAACUACACGCUCGUCAUCGGGCACAAGUAGUAGUCGCGUAAAGCUAUCCACACAUACGAUACCAGAGCAUAGAGUUUAGUGUUAUACAUAUAGAUGUCAUCCUCAGCCGCCGGAGUUUGUUUCGUAUGUAUUCUUUACCAGGUUCACAGCCAGACUCCCCCGCUUAGUUGCGUCGCGCCGGGCGGCGCUUUGAAAUAGACAAUAAAACAGCAAAGAGAUGUUAAUGGAAAUCGAGUUACAAAGGAUGAGAGAGAGAGAGGGUUCUAAACACAAUAAGCAAAUCGGUUUUUGGCUUCUUAGAAAACUUGACAUUGUUUUGUACAUAAGCUACAGAUGUUAGUACUUAAGUAUUUAUUUAUUGCAUAUAGAUCCUCGGUUUCUAUAGGUUUUUUUUUUGUUAUUUCGUUGCAAUUUGUAGACUCGACCUUUAUUUUUAUAUAUUUAUAUAUAUUUAGGUAGCAUUAGCUGGUAUUUAUAGCCACUAAGUUGAACACACCGCGUAAUGAUCAAGAAAGCAAAUUGAACAUCAAAUCAAAGAAAUCAAAAACGAUUUUUCAAAUUAUUGUUUAUGCCAGAAAGUGUUGUUUAGAACUCGAUGCGAUCAAAUUAUUUAUAAACAAGCCGAGCAUGCGAUGUACGGGAGGGAAGAAGUAAGAGAAAUUAUAUUUAUAAAUUGUUAUUAUUUAUUUAGUUGAAACUAUUGUAAAAUUAUAAUUGUAAAACGGAAAAACAUGAAAUGGAAUCACUCUUAGCGGAAAACCACACACACAAAACAAAUAAAGAGUAAAAACAAAACAGAGA